UCCUCCAUCCAAGUUUUGCUGAUGAUGAAUGGAACAGCCAAUGUGAAUGCAGCUGGACGCAGCCAUUAUGCCUCCUCCAUACCUAUUCCCAGAGCUGCGUCUCACAGCAAGAUACAUUCCCUGACCGCGUCUCCCAAACUGCCCCCUAAACAGAACAGUGUGGGAGCAUUUGCCUCACCAAGGAUAUCAUCUCCCAGGACAGGGAAGGCACUGGUAAGCUUAAGCAGUGGAGCUCCUAAAGGAUCGAAGCAGAAGCCCAUGGUGAAGGCUGCAGCUGCUCCAAGCCCUAGGCUGGAGAAAGCAGAGGGAUCUGGGAGCCAUGGUGAGACAGAUGAGAUGCACUCUAGUCUCAGCUCAGAUGUGGUGUCUGGCUGUAGUAGUCCCUGGGGCUUACAGAAGGCCAGUGCCAGGCCCACUAGGAUAGUGAAGAAAGCUGUUAUUCAGACAACUGAGAAAGUAAAGCACACCUCAAAACAAGGUGAAAGUAAUAGCAGCCUUUGUGCUGUGAAGGUCCUUGGAAAGCCCAGCACAAUUGCUGAACCUGCAAAGACCACUCAUCUACCAGGGAAGAGCCCUUCAUAUCUUAACCUGUACAAUGGGACGUUGAUGUCCAAGACUUCAGAGGGAUCUACCACAAAGAGGCCUCAGAGCUGUCCAGGAAAAGGUCAAUCAGCCUCAGAAGCCAACUGGAAAGAAAAUGGAACAUCCAAGCGAGAAGACAAUCCUCAAACAAUCUCAUUGGAUACAAACAACCUUAAUAAGGGACCUGUGUUACACACGGCACCCAUCAGUUUUUCUUCUGUGCCACAGCACAACCAUCCCAUUAUGGCCACUGUAGCCCCGUUCCAUUAUCGAUGGCAGGGUGAGAAAGAGAAGAGCAGCCUUUCUCAGAAGGGGGAGGCAUGUGAUGUGCAGCAGUCCAGCCCUCCCGAAGGGCCUGAACUCACCCUGAGAGGCAUGAAAGCUGGGCUUUUAAAUGGUUUCCUCGCGGCGGGCGGGAAGAAGAUGCUUGGUAGCAGCGGCGGCGGAGGCAGCAACCACGUCAAGAGCCUGCAGCAGGACGCGGAGCUGAACGGCGAGGAAGGACCAGGGGAGCUGAAGGGCUUCAAGAAGGCGGCGUCCGAGGGCAGCAAGGCCAUGAUGCAGAAGCGCGCCAACGCCAAAGGCCCUGCCGGGGUGGCGCCCAAGGCGGCUGAGCUGAAGGUCUUCAAGUCGGACAGCGUGGAGGCUCGCGUGCCGGUGGCUUCGAAUCUGCGCAAGCAGAAGUCCCUCACCAACCUGUCCUUCCUGACCGACAGCGAGAAGAAGAUGCAGCUCUACGAGCCCAAGUGGAGCGACGACAUGGCCAAGGCGGCCAAAGGCUUCGGGAGCCGCAGCCUCAAAGGCGGCAAGCAGGCGCCCUCGCUCAUGUCCAAGAACCUCUCCAGGUCUGAGCACUCGCUCUUUCAGGCUAAGCUGGCCCCGGCCGCCGGCAACAAACCGCCGCUGGCGCCGCUGCCCUCCAACCUGGGCAAGCCCAGCCGCAUCCCUCGCGGGCCUUACGCCGAAGUCAAACCGCUCAGCAAAGCACCCGAGGCUGGCAGUGGCGACGACCCCAAGUCGGACGACGAGAUCCUCUCCAAUAAGGGCAAGGCGGCGCAGCAGAAGCAGCAGCCGCCGCCGCCGCCGCAACAAACGGCGACGCAGCCGGCCGGGAAGGGGGCGCCGCCGGAGGAGAAGGCUUUUCUGAAGGUGGAUCCCGAACUGGUCGUCACCGUUCUGGGCGACCUGGAGCAGCUGCUCUUCAGCCAGAUGCUCGAUCCUGAAUCCCAGAGAAAGAGGACAGUACAGAAUGUGCUUGACCUGCGGCAGAACCUUGAAGAGACCAUGUCCAGUUUACGGGGCUCUCAAGUAACUCACAGCUCAUUGGAGAUGACAUGCUAUGAUAGUGAUGAAGCCAAUCCCCGCAGUGUAUCCAGCCUGUCCAACCGUUCUUCCCCUCUCUCAUGGCGAUAUGGUCAGUCCAGCCCACGCCUACAAGCUGGAGAUGCUCCUUCAGUCGGUGGGGGAUGUCGCUCAGAAGGCACCCCUAGCUGGUACAUGCAUGGGGAACGAGCUCAUUAUUCCCACACCAUGCCCAUGCGCAGUCCCAGCAAGCUCAGCCACAUUUCCCGCUUGGAGCUGGUAGAGUCCCUUGAUGCUGAUGAUGUUGAUCUUAAAUCUGGGUACAUGAGUGACAGUGACUUAAUGGGCAAGACAAUGACUGAAGAUGAUGAUAUCACCACAGGUUGGGAUGAAAGUAGUUCCAUCAGCAGUGGCCUCAGUGAUGCCUCAGACAAUCUCAGUUCAGAAGAAUUCAAUGCCAGUUCUUCACUCAAUUCCCUGCCUUCCACCCCCACAGCUUCCCGCAGGAACUCUGCCAUAGCGCUCCGCACGGAUUCUGAGAAACGGUCAUUGGCAGAGAGUGGGCUGAACUGGUAUGGUGAGCCUGAGGAGAAGACCCAAAAGAAGAUGGACUAUGACAGUGGGAGCCUGAAAAUGGAACACAGUUCCUCCAAGUGGCGACGGGAACGUUCUGAAAGCUGCGAUGAAGCUCCUGCCAAAGGCGGGGAGCUGAAAAAGCCUGUUAGUUUGGGCCCACCAGGCUCCUUGAAGAAAGGCAAGACGCCACCCGUGGCAGUGACCUCCCCCAUUACUCACACAGCCCAGACUCUUAAAGUGGCAGGUAAGCCUGAAGCAAAAGCAACAGACAAAAGCAAGCUCUUUGUGAAAAAUGCUGGCCUGCAGCGAUCGUCUUCCGAUGCUGGCCGAGAUCGGCUUUCAGAUGCCAAGAAGCCUCCCUCUGGGCUUACACGAACCACCACGGCUGGCUCCUUUGGUUACAACAAGAAACCCCCUCCUGCAACAGGUACUGCCACAGUGAUGCAAGCUGGUGGCUCAGCUACACUUGGCAAGAUCCAGAAGAACUCCAGUAUCCCUGUCAAGCCUGUCAAUGGCAGGAAAACCAGCCUGGAUGUCUCUAAUGCAGGGGAGCCUGGUUUUAUGGUGCCAGGGGCCCGCACCAACAUCCAGUACCGGAGCCUGCCACGCCCUGCCAAAUCUAGCUCCAUGAGUGUCACUGGUGGGCGAAGUGGCCCACGUCCUGUCAGCAGCAGCAUUGAUCCCAGCCUCCUCAGUACCAAGGGGGGUAUUUCUGUUUCACGCCUGAAGGAACCCUCUAAAAUAGGUGCAAGUCGGAGCACCCCAGGGCCAGUGAAUCAGACAGACAGGGAGAAGGAGAAGGCCAAAGCCAAAGCAGUGGCCCUGGACUCUGACUCCGUCUCACUCAAGAGUAUUGGCUCCCCUGAAAGCACCCCAAAAACUCAAAGUGGCCACCAGACUCCUGCAAAAGAGGCUGAGCUGCCACCAACACCCCUCAGGUCAGCUGCCAAAAGCUAUGUAAAAGCCCCUUCACUGGCAAACUUGGACAAGGUGAACUCUAACAGUCUAGACCUCCCUUCUUCAAAUGAUUUCCAUCAGAUGCAUGGUGGCAAACUACAAGAGUCACACUCAGCUACUGUAAAUGUGGGCACCCAUCUCACAUCAUGCUUCACACCAAGCCCUGCUCCAGUCCUUAACAUUAACUCUGCUAGCUUCUCCCAGGGCCUGGAGCUCAUGGGAGGGUUCAGCAUCCCCAAGGAAACCCGCAUGUACUCCAAGCUUUCAGGGUUGCACAGGAGCAUGGAAUCCUUACAGAUGCCUAUGAACCUGCACAAUGCCUUCUCUGUAGGCAGCACUGCUGCACCUACUACUGCCUCUACACCUCCUGUUGCUGCUGAGGAAGAAUCCAGUGAGAUGGCCUGGACUGGGAGCCCAAGAAUCACACACCUGGAAAGCUCUAACUGUGACCGGAAUACGUUACCCAAGAAGGGACUGAGGUAUCAAAUCCAGCCCCAGGAAGAGACCAAGGAGAGGCGACACUCACAUACAAUUGGAGGAAUGCAAGAAUCAGAUGAUGCAUCUGAGCUGCCCUCUCCUCCUGCUCUCUCCAUGCCAUUGGUUGGGAAAACUCCACUCACAAAUAUUGUGAGUCCCACGGCAGCCAACACCCCAAGGAUCACCCGUUCUAACAGCAUUCCCACUCAUGACUCCACCUUCGAGCUCUACAACGCCUCCCCCAUGGGCAGCACCCUCUCCUUGGCAGACCGACCCAAGGGCAUGAUCCGCUCGGGCUCCUUCCGCGACCCUGUGGAUGAUGUUCAUGGAUCCGUGCUGUCCCUGGCCUCCAGCGCUUCCUCAACUUAUUCCUCAGCUGAGGAGAGGAUGCAGUCAGAGCAAAUCCGCAAACUGCGCCGUGAAUUGGAGUCCUCCCAAGAGAAAGUAGCCACGCUGACAUCCCAGCUCUCAGCCAACGCUAAUUUAGUAGCAGCAUUUGAACAAAGUCUGGUAAACAUGACAUCCCGUCUCCGGCAGCUGGCAGAGACUGCAGAAGAAAAGGACAGUGAGUUGUUGGACUUGCGGGAAACUAUUGAUUUCUUGAAGAAGAAGAAUUCAGAAGCCCAGGCUGUUAUCCAAGGGGCCUUGAAUGGAACUGACAUUACACCCAAAGAACUACGAAUCAAGAGGCAAAACUCAUCCGAUAGUAUAUCCAGCCUGAAUAGCAUCACCAGCCAUUCUAGCAUUGGUAGUGGCAAAGAUGCAGAUGCCAAGAAGAAGAAGAAGAAAAGCUGGUUAAGGAGCUCUUUCAACAAAGCUUUCAGCAUCAAAAAGGGACCAAAAUCUGCCUCCUCCUAUUCUGAUAUAGAGGAAAUUGCCACCCCUGACUCAUCAGCGCCAUCAUCCCCCAAACUGCAACAUGGAUCCAUGGAGACAGCCUCUCCUUCCAUCAAAUCUUCCAACUCCUCUUCUGUAGGCAUUGAUACCACUGAGCUGUUCCAAACCAAUGAAGAAGAACCCGAGAAAAAGGAGGUUUCAGAGUUGCGCUCAGAGCUGUGGGAAAAAGAAAUGAAACUGACUGACAUUCGUUUGGAAGCCCUAAACUCUGCCCAUCAGCUGGAUCAGCUGCGUGAAACUAUGCACAAUAUGCAGCUGGAAGUAGAUCUAUUGAAAGCAGAAAAUGACCGGCUAAAGGUGGCGCCUGGGCCGUCAUCUAUCCCAAGCCAUGUUUUGAGUUCAUCUGCUGCAUCUUCCCCAAGACGCUCCCUAGGACUACAGCUGAGUCACUCUUUCAGUCCCAGCUUAACUGAUACAGAACUGUCACCAAUGGAUGGCAUCAGUGCUGGCACCCAGAAGGAUGAGAUGGUACUACGAAUAGUAGUGCGCAUGCCACCUCAGCACAUCAUCAAAGGAGACUUGAAGCAGCAGGAGUUUUAUUUGGGCAGUAGCAAAGUGAAUGGGAAAUUGGACUGGAAAAUGCUGGAUGAAGCUGUCUGUCAGGUCUUCAAGGAUUACGUCACCAAGAUGGAUCCUGCUCUGACGCUGGGGCUCAGCAUUGAGUCUGUCUAUGGCUACAGCAUCAGCCAUGUUAAGAGAAUCUUGGACAUGGAGCCUCCAGAACUACCUCCUUGGCGCCGGGGUGUGACCAGCAUUGCUGUGACCUUGAAAGGUUUGAAAGAAAAAUGUGUGGACAGCCUGGUUUUUGAGACUCUUAUCCCCAAACCAAUGAUGCAGCACUACAUAAGCCUUCUACUCAAGCACCGGCGCCUUAUCCUCUCUGGGCCAAGUGGAACUGGCAAGACCUACCUGACCAAUCGUCUGGCUGAAUAUCUAGUGGAACGUUCAGGGCGUGAGGUUACUGAUGGCAUUGUUAAUACUUUCAACAUGCACCAGCAAUCUUGCAAGGACUUACAACUUUACCUCUCCAAUCUAGCCAAUCAGAUUGAUCGGGAAACAGGGAUAGAUGUUCCAUUAGUCAUCCUCCUAGAUGAUCUCAGUGAGCCUGGCUCCAUCAGUGAGCUUGUCAACGGUGCACUUACCUGCAAGUACCACAAAUGCCCCUACAUAAUUGGGACAACUAACCAGCCUGUCAAGAUGACUCCAAACCAUGGCCUCCACCUCAGCUUCAGGAUGCUGACUUUCUCCAAUAACGUGGAGCCAGCCAAUGGCUUCCUGGUGCGUUACCUACGUCGGAAGCUGCUUGAGUCCGACAGUGAUGUCAAUGCCAACCGCGAGGAACUGCUACGUGUGUUGGACUGGGUGCCAAAGCUCUGGUAUCACCUCCAUACCUUCUUGGAGAAGCAUAGCACUUCUGACUUUCUCAUCGGUCCUUGUUUCUUCCUGUCAUGCCCAAUUGGUAUUGAGGAUUUCCGAACCUGGUUCAUUGACCUGUGGAACAAUUCAAUUAUCCCCUAUCUUCAGGAGGGAGCAAAGGAUGGGAUCAAGGUGCAUGGGCAGAAAGCUGCUUGGGAGGACCCUGUGGAGUGGGUGAGAGACACAUUGCCUUGGCCAUCAGCCCAGCAAGACCAGUCAAAAUUAUACCAUCUACCCCCACCCAGUGUGGGGCCCCACAGCAUAGUCUCUCCUCCAGAGGAACGGAGUGGCAAGGAUUCUACACCCAGUUCUCUGGAAUCAGACCCCUUGAUGGCAAUGCUGCUGAAGCUCCAGGAAGCAGCCAACUACAUUGAGUCUCCUGAUCGAGAAACCUUGGACCCCAAUGUGCAGUCUGCACUCUAAAACUAACUGGAUUGGGAUGGAAUGGAGACUGGAAUGAGCCAAUCAUGGCUGUCUUCGCUCCUAGGUCUUCUUUCUUUUUUCUCUGGAACCUGUGGUCUGGAAUAAACACCACAGAGUGGCAAGGAGGUACCCAUUACUUCCUUUGGGAUCUGUGCAGGUGAACAGUGAAAGAGGAGACGGGUUGGUCUCCUUUGCAAGAUACUGCUCUCCCUCCACCUCCCAAUAACUCUGGUGGUAAGAUAAUGGUGGGUUUUAUUCUUGGGCUUUCUGCCUCUGUCAUAAACUCCUGGUUUUGCAGUAUGAUUGGGGGGGCAUCAAGAAAUCCCUCACAUCCAGUGUUCCCAACAUAAAUGUUCUUGUGUAAGGCAAGAGACUCUGGAGAUGGCCACACAGAGCUGGCCGCUGUAUUUCUGCAGGGCAGUGCUAACAGGCGGGGCAAUGGCCAAGUUUGUGGUACCCUAAAAUGAGGAUCUUUUUAUAAAAUAAAGAAAAGCAAACCCCAGAAAGCAUCAGAGUGGAAGCAUCAUUGCUGCUCUUGGAGCCGUUUCCUGUGGUUGCUGCCCUUCGACUUUCCUGCCACAACCAACGCAGGCAAAGACCUAGUAGGACUGUUAACUCUUGUCUUUGCACCCUCCUUAUUUAAUCUGCAUGAAGGUCUUUUUACUUUCAAACUCCCAAUAAACUCUUUUUACUCCUCCA